UCCUCGAUUGGCUGCUGCAUGCGGACCGCAGCUGCUGCGUGCGUGUGUCUGCAGGCCUGUAUUGAACGACUGCAACACUUGGGGCACGAGCAAUGAAUUCAUUAGAGCAAGCCGAAGACCUGAAGGCAUUUGAGAGGAGGUUGACAGAGUAUGUCUCUUGUUUACAGCCGGCUACAGGCCGUUGGCGCAUGAUUCUUAUUGUGGUGUCUGUAUGCACAGCCACCGGAGCCUGGAAUUGGCUGAUAGAUCCAGACACUCAAAAAGUUUCUUUCUUCUCAUCUUUAUGGAAUCAUCCGUUUUUCACCAUUAGCUGUGUGACUCUUAUUGGCUUAUUUUUUGCUGGAAUUCACAAACGAGUUGUUGCUCCAUCAAUUAUUGCUGCACGCUGCCGGACAGUACUAGCAGAAUAUAACAUGUCCUGUGAUGAUACGGGGAAGCUUAUACUGAAGCCACGGCCUCAUAUCCAGUAGAACAUUUGAAGAAAGAGGAGCUGAAACAACUUCAUAUCAUAAUAUUAAUAACUGAGAUUGCACAUGGGCCUCAAUGCAAGGAGAUUAUCCAAAGUGUGUGGGAACUGGUCUCACAAAAAUUUGGGAAGAAACCGUGGGAACUCAGAAGGAAAUGCCCUCCCUUGAAGAACCAUUGUUUUUGCAAUUUUAGAUAACAUCCUUACUACUUCUUAUUUUUCUUUUGGAAAAUUUGAGUUUUAUUUGAUUGUGGCUUUUGAUAUAAUCGUCUGUAAUGCCAUGGUCUUAUUUUAGAUGAAACAUGGUGUUUGUAUUUUUAAGCAAAUUGCUGAACAUAUAAUAAAUAUUAAAGUGUAGAUAAUUGUUCAGUUGGAAAUGACUUUGACUUAUCUACGCAAAAUUUAAAUGUUAUGCGUAUGAUUUGCUACUUUUGUUGUUUUUAAUACAAUUUUAUGCAACCAAAGGCUGCACUACUUGUUGAGGGAAAUAAGCAAACGUGUCUCAAAUCUGUGUCAUGGUUAUCAAGAUUUUAUUUACUUUCACAAAAUGUUUAAGUGACUUAUGUUGGCAAUAAAAAAGUUUUGAGCGGA